AUGAAAGCAUCUCUUAUCCUCAUCUCUUGCUGGCUCAUCAGCAGUGCCUUGGCCAGAAAGACAUGUGUUAUCCCUGCUUCCAAGGUCUCCGGGGCCGAUGACUCUCUUGCCAUCAUAGACGCCUUCUCUCGCUGUAAAAAGAACGGCGAGGUUGUGUUUAGCAAAGGAACGACCUACAAUGUCCAAAAGGCCAUGAAUAUCACCGGUCUCGAUGAUGUCCACAUCUCUCUCAGGGGAAAGGUCUUGUUUAGCGAUGACAUGGAAUACUGGCAAAAAAACAUCUUUGCUCUCAACUUCCAGAGUGCUGGCACCUGGUGGGUUAUCGGCGGCCGCAAAAUUAUCAUGAAUGGUGGUGGAACUAUCGAUGGAAACGGUCAAGUUUGGUGGGAUGCUCAGGCCAUCGAUCCACGUCCAGUCGCUCUAACAUUCGACAAAGUAACCGAUCUCAAGGUCGAGGAUGUGUCCUUUGCACAAGCUCCUUUCUGGCAUCUGUUCGUCCGAGAUGCACAAGAUGUCAUCUUUGAUCGAAUCAAUAUCCGUUCAGUCACUAAUUCCACCUUCCCUACCCAUAAUUCUGAUGGCUGGGAUCUUUUCCGCAGCUCAAAUGUUGUUAUCAAAAACUCUGUUAUUGUCAACGGCGAUGACUGUGUAUCCCUCAAGGCCAAUGCUACCGACGUAACCAUUAAGAACCUGAGCUGCACUGGAUCUCAUGGCGUUUCUAUCGGAUCCCUGGGCCAGUACAGUGGAAUUGGACAGAUUGAUGUCGUCAAGAAUGUUCUUGUCAAGGAUGUCACAUGCAUAAACUGUUCAAACGGUGCUAGAAUCAAGACAUGGCCUGGUGGAUUGGGAUUAGUAGAGAACAUUACAUUCGACCAUAUGAAUGUCACAAAUGUCGACUAUCCAGUCAUGAUCACCACACAUUAUUGCGACAACAACCAGAUGGAAUUUUGCUCAGGAGCCGAUACUCACUCAUUAACAAUCAAAGACGUUGUGUUCAAUGACAUCUAUGGAACCAUAUCUAGCGCCAAAAAGCCCAUCGUGAGCCUCAACUGCUCGAGUGAGACUCCUUGCUCAAACAUUUCUCUCACUAAGAUCAAGAUUACCCCCACUGCUUCUACACCAAAGAAUGUGUGUGACUAUGUUACCGGAUCAGAGAAUAUCUCUUACUGCAAUGCCUAA